CUUUGGGAAUGAUAGAAAAGGCUGUUGAAGAUAAUCGCUGAGAGGAGGUGGAAUGCUACUGUUUUGCGGAUUAGAGUAACAUUCACACUUUGUUUUCUGUAAGCACCCAGCUCUAGUGCUUGGAUUCGGCUGGAUAGAAAUAAAGGUACGCAAUCCUGAGAUAUGUCGGAGGACCUGAGCUCCCAACCCUGGUCCAUCAACAGGGAUGACUAUGAGCUGCAGGAGGUUAUAGGGAGUGGAGCUACAGCUGUUGUCCAGGCUGCCUACUGUGUUCCCAGGAAGGAGAAAGUCGCCAUCAAACGCAUCAAUCUGGAAAAAUGCCAGACCAGCAUGGAUGAACUUCUGAAAGAGAUCCAGGCAAUGAGUCAGUGUCACCAUCCCAACAUUGUGUCGUACUACACCUCAUUUGUGGUGAAGGAUGAGCUGUGGUUGGUGAUGAAGCUGCUCAGCGGUGGCUCAGUGUUGGACAUAAUAAAGCACAUCAUUUCAAAAGGGGAACACAGGACUGGUGUACUGGAUGAACCCAGUAUAGCAACUGUUUUGAAAGAGGUUCUUCAGGGCCUAGAGUACCUUCACAAAAAUGGACAGAUCCACAGGGAUCUUAAAGCUGGAAACAUUUUGUUGGGAGAGGACGGAUCCGUGCAGAUUGCAGAUUUUGGUGUAAGUGCCUUCUUAGCCACAGGUGGUGAUAUGACUAGAAAUAAAGUACGGAAGACAUUUGUGGGAACGCCUUGUUGGAUGGCACCGGAGGUGAUGGAGCAGGUGAAAGGUUAUGACUUCAAAGCAGACAUGUGGAGUUUUGGGAUUACGGCCAUAGAGCUGGCCACCGGCGCUGCUCCUUACCACAAAUACCCUCCAAUGAAGGUGUUGAUGUUGACUCUGCAGAAUGACCCACCUUGCCUUGAGACUGGAAUCGCAGACAAAGAGAUUGUGAAGAAAUAUGGAAAAUCCUUGAGGAAGAUGAUCUCCUUGUGUUUGCAGAAGGACCCAGAGAAAAGGCCAACAUCAUCAGAACUCUUAAAACAUAAAUUCUUCCAGAAAGCCAAGAAUAAUGAAUAUCUGCAGGACAAAUUACUACAAAGAGCACCUACAAUAACAGAAAGGGCGAAAAAGGUACGGCGAGUUCCUGGCUCCAGUGGGAGGCUCCAUAAAACAAUAGAUGGCGAAUGGGAAUGGAGUGAUGAUGAACUGGAUGAGGAGAGCGAGGAGGGCAAAGCUGCCGUUUCUGCCUUACGGUCACCUAGAGUAAAAGAGGGACCGCAGAAUACAGAGAUUUUCCAAGCCUACGGCAGUCACCUCCAGCCUGAUCUACCUCAUGGUGCUGGCCAGGGCUCAGCUCAAGUUUCCCCACCCAGCGCUCAACAAACUGCACCAAAUACAUCCCUGUCACACGGCCAGCCCACAACCGCUAACCCUGCACAGGCACCAGUUCCUGGAGGUGAUGCCUCCCAAUCCCCCAUCAGUUUGGUACUAAGGUUAAGAAACUUGAAAAAGGAGCUGAAUGACAUCCGAUUUGAGUUUAUGCCUGGCAGAGACACGGCAGAUGGGGUUUCUCAAGAGCUGGUAUCGGCCGGCUUGGUAGAUGGGAGAGAUUUAGUUAUAGUUGCUGCUAAUUUGCAGAAGAUUGUCGAAGAGCCUCAUUCCAAUAAAAAUGUCACUUUUAAGCUGGCCUCCGGGGUUGAGGGUUCUGAUAUUCCUGAUGAUGUCAAACUCUUGGGAUUUGCUCAACUCAGCAUUAGCUAAACUUUUGCUCUGUGCGGGACCAUGACUUGCCUACAAAUGUGAAAACAAACCAACACCAACAACCAACAGAAUGACACGUUGAUAUAUUUUUUCCUCUCUCAAUUACCCAAAAGAAACCACUGUUGCCAAAGAGCAAAGCCCAUAGGAUUUCUCCAAAUGGCUCAACUGCAGAGGACAGUUGAACAAGAUUUAUCAUUAUUUGUAGGAAUCAAUAAAAAAUAAAGUUUACGAUAUAUGCAUAAGGAUGCAAUUAUCACAACCAGAUAUAACCUUAAUGUUUUUACGUUUCUCUUUCAUUUCCUCUUGUUUUCUCUACAAUGUUUGUCCUAUGUUUGCACAAUCUAAACUAACACCCAAAAAAUUUAAAAAUGCCUCAUCUUCAUGUGUGCAUAUGAGUGCCUAUAAGGGGAGUGAAAUGCUUGGAGUUUACUGUAAAAAUAAGUACAUUUGGUUACAACAGCUACAAAAGCAUUUAUUUUACCUGUAUUUCUCCUGUGCCUUUGAAGACAAGCAACUAGUGUGUUUAGUCAGUCUGUUACUCACACACACUUGCAUUAUUUACUUAAACUAGCUUUUCAAAAAUUAUUCAAAAUCUUGAUUUGAAUAAUUUUAAAUCACAGAAUUUAAAAUUUUGCUUUUUAGGUUUACCCUUCUCUUAUGGAAAUUCUGAUUUCUUCAUUGUACACUGGCUAGUGUCCAUACACUACAAAUAUUCUUAUUUUAAAUUGCAUUGCAGAUUAGUAAUUUAAAGGAAUAUUCCCGGUUCAAAUCAAGUUAAGAUAAAAAUUUAAGUAAAGGAGGGACAAGUUGAAGUUUUUUUGUGGAAAGCAACAUCAUGCCACAAAUGCUGUUGAUUGAGCUUAACUUGUAUUGAACCUGGAAUAUUCCUUUAAGACAAUGCAGCAGGCAGUUGAAUCUGAUAGCCAGCUGUCACAUUUGCUGGCAAAGUUUGAAUUGUUUAUUUAGUGACAUGGUGUGCCCCAAAAACAAUCCUAAAAUUGUUCUAUAUGUCUUUAAAAGUUGGUUUUAAUUAUUUUUUUUAUUUUUUUGCUGUCUGUACAGGGCAAUUUGCAAAUGGCUCUAUCCCACUCUGCUCUGAAACACAAGUUCUUGCAUUAAAACUUGAUCUCGUACAUCAAUUACGAGUUGGCUAUUUCGUAUGGUCUCGCACGAUGUUGUUCGCAUAAACUCGUAUGACUUCAUCUCAUGCAAAUUACCGGAUGCAAACCCCUUAUCUAAACUUAACCAAUCAGUAGAGUGUGUAAACCUGAUAGGAAGCUGUUGAGUGUGACAGAAGCAAGUCAUUGUCGCGUAUUAGAUGGAAAAAAAUGUCCAGCGAUGUCAUUGGCUGUAUUGAAAGUUGUAGGAAUUCAAAUGAGUGCAGUCACACGAUAUCAUACGAAUUAGCCAAAUUUGGAGAAGUCGUACAAAUCCUGAUGGUUUUGCCUUGAGAGUGUGUUGGUUUCUACAUAUUUUUACAUACUAUACAGUAUAUUGUGCUAUAGGUUGGUUACAUAUUCAUUUGUGAAUUUGUAUUUAAAUUUCACACAUUUAUCUGUGAAUUCAGUUCAUUUUAUAAGUCUCUCUGUAAGUAAUUUAGAAGUUCAUCAAAGUAGCUGUGAUACUCUCUGAUGAAACUUUGGUGUUUGGCUUUGUUUCUGCUCUGGAAUUGAACUCUUUAAGUAUUCAUGUGUAUUUCUGAUGGAUUAACUUGAUUGGACAUUGUAAAUAGUGUAAUUUGGCAUUGAGUUGAUUUUAUAUGGGAUGUUUCACUCAUGGCCUUUGUGUCCUUCAUAAAUAAGGUGAUGGGAGGUGGUGUUGGCUACAAAAGACACAUUUGUGAGUUUUGCUGUUUUUUCUUUGUCUACAAGGGUGCCUAUAAUCACAAGAGUUUUCUUUAUUCAAUGUGUCAGAUUAUUUUCAGCAGGCCAGCUCUAACCUUGAUCUAUCAGAGUUUCUUUGAGAGGCUGUUAACUUAACACAUAUGCAGCAUAUCUCAAAACAUAAAUAAGAUGCUUUAAACAUAUUGCCACCUGCUUUGAGAACAGCCUGGAAUAAUUGGAGUGUAUAUUUUAAUUAUCACUCCUCUCUCUUAAAGCAGUAUUUCUCCUGAUUUUCAGAAUUUCCCUUUGGCAUUUUUUAUUUGUUUUUAUAAUUGGCUAAUUAUUAAAUAAUUUCAAACUUUUUCCCCCAUUUUAUUUUCCAGUUUUAUUGGGAAGAAUUUGAAAGAUCUUUAGGAGGAAACUUAAAGACAAGUAUUGUGGAAAAAUUAAUGUAACACCUGCCUUUUCAGAUCCUCCUCUUGACUGUACUGUCGCAACAAAACUGGCCCACUUGCAUUCAAGCGCUAAUGAAAUAAAGUAUUGCUUUUAAUAAGAAACUAUGAACAUCUGGGAUGCUAUGCAAUUUAAAAGAUGGAUAACACAAUAAUAUGUUUAGAACUAAUAGUACUGUUUAAUGCAUUAUUAUAUUUGAAUAAUAUCCAAAUAUAAUAAUGCAUAGCAGUUCAUACAGUCGCACGUAUAUCCUGGCAUCUGCUUUUGCCAAAAUGCGGAACAGUGUUGUAAUGUAUUGACAGAAUCAGUUUACUGUAAGGAAUGAAAGCAACACAAAUAAGAAUAAAAUAAUAAGAUACAUUUAUUUUUCUUCAGUUUAUGUUCACUUAAGUCAUCCUUUUCUCUGGCUUGUUAUGAAUUAAGGCAUGUUUCUUAAAAUGCUUUAAAAUCAAUAAAGAAUGAACAUAUCAAGUCAACGUUGUGUAUUCAUACC